AUGAAGUUCACCAGUUUCGCUGCUAUGGGCUUGAUGGGCUGCGCCCUCGCCCUGCCCCAUGGUCCUCCUGGUGGCUCAUUCGAUCAGCCCACGCCUUCCGGUCCUCCUCCCACCGGUCUCCCAACUCCUUCAGGUCCUCCCCCGCCACCCAGUGCCAGCGGCUUUGACAAGCAUCAGUUUGGAUCUUUCCCCGAGCCAUCUGGCGGCUUCGGCUUCCCCAGCGGCCCUACUCCCUCGGGUCCCGCUCCUACAAGCACCCCCUCUGCCUUCCCAGAGCCAUCUGGUAGCUUCGGAGGUUUCGAGCGUCGUCAGGAUUUUGGAAUCAUCCCCAGUGGGGUGCCCUUCUCUAUUCCAUCGGGUUUCCGUACCAGCCUGCCCUCUGCCUUCCCCGGCUUUGGUGGAAUUGGCAAGCGUCAAUUUGCUGAGCAUAGUGGCUCUGCUCACUCGGGUCCUGCCCCUUCUGUGACUCCUACUGGCGUCCCUCAGCCUAGCGGUGGCUUGCCCAGUGCUUCUGGGGUUCCGUUUGGCUUUCCGCCAUCUGGAGAAUCUUUCGGCAAGCGUGAGCUGCCUUUUUAUCCCCGAGCCUAG